AUGCGCCUGACCUUCCUACCUAGGCCCCCGCCACCCGCGUCGAGAAAGCGUAGGCGAGCCGUGGCUGAUAUCGACGGAGAGCACUCGUGUGUGCAAAAGAAGAAGCGCCGCCUUCGACGCUUUCUCAUCACAUCCCGCCUAUCCCCCCAAUUCUCCCACCCAGCCUCCAACAUUGUGGACCGAGGAAGCUCCAAGAUUGCUGUAUGGGCCAAGCAAAAGGCUCUCGGACGGAACUGGCUCCCCAAAGCCGCCAUACUCAACGGCAUCCGGAGACGAAACAUCCUGGCCAAGGAUGCCUUUGCACUCUCUGCCCGCCUGGCGAUUGCACAAGAGAAGGAAGAAGCACAGCUCGAGUUGGCUCGCCUGGAAUUCACUCAUGGCAGCAUCGACACGUACACACGCCCAGUGCUCUCGCGGGACCCCUCCGUGCCACCCACGGCCGCCGUA